CCACCCCUGGUAUGGAUAUCAAAAACGGUGAAACCAAACACCCCCAGGGUAGUAGUGAAGCCUCUCGACUCUCGUGACUCUCGUCGUGGGACAUCGGAAUCUCGUUCUCAACACAGCCUCUCUCUCUCUACACUACAGACAGACUCUGUUGAUAUACAUAGAUAUAGACAGAGAAACAGUUGACGAGGAUGAUUCCCAUGGCGUCCUCCAUUCGUCCGUCUCUCUCCUCCCUUAGGUUUUCUUUUGGUGUCUCUCGCUUCGGUGUUUCUCUCUCCUCCUAUAUCCUCGCUCGGAGGAUCAAUUGCUUUCAUCUUGGCAGCGCGGUUCCACAGUCGCAGUUUUUCAGCACAAAAGUUUCUAAGUUGUUAAGAACAGACGGAAACAAACUAGCAGUUCGCACAGCUGGAAAUAUGGCACAAGCCAGCACUGCUAUCACACAAGAAGAUACCCUAGACUGGGUCAAAAAGGACAAGAGAAGAAUGCUCCAUGUUGUAUACCGUGUCGGUGAUUUGGACAAGACAAUAAAAUUCUACACUGAAUGCUUGGGGAUGAAGCUGUUGCGAAAACGUGACAUACCCGAAGAGAGAUACACAAAUGCUUUUCUUGGAUACGGGCCAGAAGAUUCUCACUUUGUUAUAGAACUCACUUACAAUUAUGGGGUUGACAAGUAUGAUAUUGGAACUGGUUUUGGUCAUUUUGGUAUUGCAGUUGAAGAUGUUGCCAAAACUGUGGAUCUCGUAAAGGCUAAGGGUGGAAAAGUUACCAGGGAACCUGGUCCUGUCAAAGGUGGCAGUACUGUAAUUGCAUUUGUAGAAGAUCCUGAUGGUUAUAAGUUUGAAAUUCUUGAGAGGGGGCCUACACCUGAACCCCUCUGCCAAGUGAUGCUUCGAGUUGGUGAUCUUGAUCGUUCCAUUCAAUUUUAUGAGAAGGCUUUUGGCAUGGAGCUUCUUCGGAAACGAGAUAGACCUGAGUAUAAGUAUAUGAUAGCAAUGAUGGGCUAUGGUCCUGAGGACAAAAAUGUUGUGCUGGAGUUGACAUACAACUAUGGGGUCACUGAAUAUGACAAAGGAAAUGGCUAUGCUCAGAUAGCAAUAGGCACAGAUGAUGUUUACAAAACUGCAGAAGUGAUUAAACUCUCUGGUGGGAAGAUUACCCGAGAACCUGGACCAUUACCUGGGAUCAACACCAAGAUUACUGCAUGCCUGGAUCCUGAUGGUUGGAAAACGGUUUUUGUUGACAACCUUGAUUUUCUCAAGGAAUUGGAGUGACUUUGAGGAAAGUUUGUACCAAGCUUGCAACAAUGGGCCCUGCUGGGACUCGUGACGGUACGUCAACUAAAAGCUUCGACACUUGUGGAACCGACUUGUCCAGAAAUACCAUGCCAGAGAAUGAAAUUGAGUCCUGUUUUGUAGAUAAAAUUACCAUGACUGAAACAGUAAUUACUGGAGCACAAUGAAGAAAGGCUGAGCUAUGUGUUUUUUUUUUUUUUUCCCUUGCUCGAUUUGUUUUGUUGAAGACAUUUUGAGCGAUAAAAACUGUGGAAAAGAAAAGAAAGAUUAAAGUGGCUGUUGGGAAUCUUUGCACAUUGUAAGAUUUUUAGUUUAAUUUUGAUAGACUUGGGGUACAUUUAGUGUGAAA